CAAAGGCGUGCUCGAUUUUUCUUUCCUCCAAUUUAUGUUGGAUAGUUCACUAGUGAUUAUCACUUACCAGUUUAUGUUUGUGUUAAUGGAGAGUUGAAUUUUGAUGUCCGAUGAAGAGUACAGUUUGAACUCUCGGAUUAGGAUUUAGUAACCAGGAACAUCAAUUGAAACUGGGCGUGUUGAGUGAGCUUGAAUUCUGGGCUAGUAUUGUGUAUUCAUAUACUGUGUCGGGAAGGUUUUUAGUAAUUCAUUUUUACAGACCACUGACCAGUUUUAAUUCAUUUUUAUCACGAUUUAGGUCUUUCUCCCUUCUUAUCGCGCUGGUUUUUGUACCUUAUCUGCAGCUAGCGAUCUCGCCUCCGUACUUGCUCCCAUGCUUUCCAGAUGGCUGUGCAGUCGAGUACUUCCCAUCUUAGGUUCUCGACGGGACCAAUCUUCUUGCACAUUAAGAGAACAUUCUUAUCUUUCUUUAUCAAGAGUUGCAGCUGCUUUCAGCAUACAUGAAUACCUGAGAAGAACAAUCCAGACACACAGCCAACUUACCAACCUUCAAACCAAGGAGAUUUUAAAGGAAGAGAAUUGCAGCUCAAUGGCAAACGGUCCCACAGGGAACGAACUGCGAGAACCGGAAAUGGAUUCCUACAGCGCUGUAAAAAGCAGUACAUCUUCAGGCCUGAAGGUGUCAUCAAGGCACGACCUUGCCAUGAUCUAUACAUGUAAGGUAUGUGAAACAAGAUCUGUGAAGACUGUAUGCCGUGAUUCUUAUGAGAAAGGCGUGGUAGUGGUACGUUGUGGGGGGUGCAACAACCUUCAUCUAAUUGCAGACCGGCUAGGUUGGUUUGGACAGCCAGGGAGCAUCGAGGACCUCCUUGCUGCUCGUGGAGAGGAGGUGAAGAAGGGCUCUAUCGAUACCCUAAAUCUUACCCUUGAGGAUUUGGCUGGAAAGAAAGUUUGAAUGAGAAUGAUGUUAUCAUUUAUGGCCAACCAGGAAGAAAUUUUGAUAGUUAUUUUAUGACAAAAGUAAAACAGAGAUUUUGUCUGGAUCACGUAGACUACAAGUAAGAAUGUAAGAUACAAAUUUGAACAAUGAUGUUACAUGUUAGUGAUUCAACCUUUACGAAGAAUAUUUAAACGCUGCCGCGAUGCUUAAUUGUUGGUAAACUAAGUUUUGAGUCAUCUAGAUCAAGUUGUACACUGUAGCAGUUCAAUUUUUGUAAGUGAUCUCUUUCUUUCAGCUAACAUCUUACAAAAUUUGCAUUAGAGAUGCUUAAAAACUUAUGAAUAAUCAGACAUUACGUUUUC